AUGCGACUGCUACAUACCGCCACUGCAAGCGACGGAAAGUUGAGAUGGACGGAGGAUUUCGUUCGUAGCGAGGAGAUUCCUCCCUAUGCGAUCCUCUCGCACACCUGGGGGGAGCAUGAGGUGAUCUUCGAUGAUCUGAAGAGCCUAGACAAUACCGAGGACGUUGGUGCAAAGAAAGAAGCUGGCUGGAAUAAGAUUCGCUUCUGCGCACAACAGGCGGAGCGCGAUGGUCUGGACUACUUCUGGGUAGACACCUGCUGCAUCGACAAGACGAACAGCCAAGAGCUUCAAGAAGCGAUCAACUCGAUGUUCUGCUGGUAUCAGAACGCAGAGAAGUGCUAUGUCUUGCUUUCGGACGUCGAGAACAACUCCUUAGAAGGGAAUGGCAGUUUGCGCAGAAGAUGGAAGGCAGCGUUCAGGAAGAGCAGGUGGUUCAGCCGAGGCUGGACGCUCCAGGAAUUACUAGCUCCCCGCUCCGUUGAGUUCUUUUCGAAAGAGGGAGAGCUGCUAGGGGACAAGCAGUCUCUAAAAGACACCAUUUAUGAGAUUACAGGAAUACCUAGCGACGCUCUGUUAGGGAAGCAAGUGUCCGAGUUUAGCGUAGCUGAGCGGUUCUCUUGGGCAGAAGAUCGCCAGACGACACGCGAUGAAGAUGGAGCAUAUUGUCUGUUCGGCAUAUUCGGCAUUCAUCUACCGCUGAUAUACGGCGAAGGCAGAGAAAACGCGCGCGACCGGCUCAGAAGUGCGGUUAUUCUGAAGCACAAGGGCCGCAGUCACGACCAAGAAGAGAGGCUUGGCAAGAUCUGCAGCUGGCUCUCGGCGCCUGACCCAUCUACGAACUACAACAAAGCACACAAGCAGCGGCAGGCUGAGACUGGGCUCUGGCUGUUAGAAAGCACCAAGUUCACAAACUGGAAAAAGAGUACAGCUUCACGACUGUGGCUGUAUGGGAUCCCAGGAUGUGGAAAGACUAUCCUAAGCUCUACAGUCAUCGAGCACCUGCUGCAGCACUGUGAUGGUGACGCUAGUAUGGUGACGGCGUACUUCUACUUCGACUUUAACGACACGCAGAAACAGGAUCCAGAGCUGAUGCUACGCUCGUUACUCUGCCAGCUCUUGCGGCGUGCGGUCGUGAUACCUAAGGAUGUUGAAGCGUUGUUCUCAUCUUGCGAAAACGGAAAACGACAGCCUUCACUGCAUGCACUCCUCGAAGUGACGCGGCAGGUAGCGCAGGAGUUCAUGCACGUCUACGUCAUUCUCGAUGCUCUUGAUGAGUGUUCGCAGCGCUUAGAGCUGAUGGACAUGCUUGAGACAGUGGCCGGGUGGAAGCUUAACAACCUGCACUUGGUCAUGACUAGCCGGAAAGAGCGAGAUAUUGAGAGCUCCUUAGAGAGUUACGUUGGGGAAGAAGAAGCUGUCUGUCUCCAGCAGGACGUAGUGGACAAGGACAUACAACGAUACGUUCAACAACAGCUGUCCGAAAAGAAGAAUCUGGUAAAAUGGAACAAGGACGCUGCUAUCAGGCAAGAAAUUGAGGCUGCACUAAUGCGCGGAGCUCGUGGAAUGUUCCGAUGGGCUGUAUGUCAGCUUAACACGUUAGGUGAGUGUCGCAAUCGAGCGAUGCUGCGCGAGUCACUCGCCACUUUGCCAGAAACUUUGGACAAAACAUACGAUCGCAUUCUCUGCGCAAUUAGCAGAAAAGACUGCAAAUACGCGAUGCGCAUCUUGCGGUGGCUAACAUUCUCUGCGCGGCCACUGUCGCUCGAAGAGAUCGCCGAAGUCGUCGCUAUAGACGUGGCGCGGAACCCAGCUUUUAACCGUAACGAAAUACUAGUAGACCCACUAGAAGCGCUGGACAUCUGCUCUAGUCUAGUCACUAUCACGACGAACGAAGCGGACAGAGGAUCAGGGUCUGCUCAACAGAUCGUUGCUCUGGCACAUUACUCAGUGCAGGAGUACCUUAUGUCAGACAGGAUCAGGCAAGGGUCAGCAAAGCAGUACAGCAUGCAAGAGACCAAAUGUCAGAGUGCAAUAACGAGAGGUUCUUUAAAGUAUCUAAUGCAGCUCCAGCAACCAUUAGAAGAAGAGAGUCUUAGGGCGUUCGCACUUGCGAGAUACUCAGCCGAGUUCUGGAGCAACCAUCUUCGAAAGACAGGAGACGAGGGAGAACAAGCCAGUCAGCUGGCGGCGAGUUUAAUGGCUAGAGAAAAGCCUGCAUAUCUCAACUGGAUCCGGUUGCAUGAUCCAGAACUUCCUUGGAGGGAGCCAGAUUUGAAGAAGAGUGCUGAUAGCAUACCUGUGCCGCUUUACCACGCCGCACUGUUAGGCUUAAGUAUUGUUACGAAACUGCUACUCGACCAGGGCGCUGAGGUUAACGCGCAGGGUGGAGGCUACGGCAACGCACUGCAGGCAGCUUCACAAGGAGGCCACGAGCAGGUAGUCAAGACGCUGCUCGACGCGGGCGCCAAGGUCAACGCGCAGGGUGGAGAGUACGGCAACGCACUGCAGGCAGCUUCACAAGGAGGCCACGAGCAGGUAGUCAAGACGCUGCUCGACGCGGGCGCCGAGGUCAACCCGCAGGGUGGAUACUCCGGCAACGCACUGCAGGUAGCUUCACGGAGAGGCCACGAGCAGGUAGUCAAGACGCUGCUCGAUGCGGGUGCGCAUCAACACUAA